AUGUGCUCGGGCCAGCAGCCCGUGCCUCCGGCCCCUGCCCUGGCCCUGGCUUUGACCUUGGCUAUGUUGGCCAGACUCUCAUCCGCAGCCUCCUUCUUCGGAGAGAACCACCUGGAGGUGCCCGUGGCCACGGUUCUGACCGACAUAGACCUCCGGCUACAGUUCUCCACGUCCCAGCCCGAAGCCCUGCUUCUCCUUGCAGCGGGCCAGGCGGACCACCUCCUCCUGCAGCUCCGCUCUGGAUGUCUUGAGGUCAGACUCACCCUGGGCCAGGAGGAGCUGAGGCUGCAGACCCCAGCUGAGACUCUGCUGAGCAACUCCGCCCUCCACACUGUGGAGCUGACCGUUUCAGACAGCGAGGCCUUGUUGUCCGUCGAUGGGCUCCUGAACACCUCAGCCCCCAUCCUGGGGGCUCCCCUGGAGGUCCCCUAUGGGAUCUUCCUGGGGGGCCCUGGGAGCCUUAGCCUGUCCUACCUGAGGGGAGCUAGCCGGCCCCUGAGGGGUUGCCUCCACGCUGCCACCCUCAAUGGCCGCAACCUGCUCCGACCCCUGACCCCAGGCGUGCACGAGGGCUGUGCUGAAGAGUUUUCUGCUGAUGACAGUGUGGCUCUGGGCUUCUCUGGGCCCCACUCACUGGCUGCCUUCCCUGCCUGGAGCACUCGGGAGGAAGGCACCCUGGAGUUUAUACUCACCACUCGGAGCCAACAGGCACCCCUAGCCUUCCAGGCAGGGGGCCGGCAUGGGGAUUUCAUCUAUGUGGACAUAUUUGAGGGCCACCUGCGGGCUGUGGUGGAGAAGGGCCAGGGCACAGUAUUGCUCCACAACAGCGUGCCUGUGGCCGAUGGGCAACCCCAUGAGGUCAGCGUCCACGUGGAUGCUCACCAGCUGGAAAUCUCCGUGGACCAGUACCCUACACGGACUUCCAACCGUGGGGUCUUCAGCUAUCUGGACCCACGUGGCAGUCUCCUCCUGGGGGGGCUGGACACCAACUCUUCUCGCCAUCUCCAGGAACACCGCCUGGGCCUGGCCCCAGGGGCCGUCACUGUCUCGCUGCUGGGCUGCAUGGAGGACCUCAGCAUCAAUGGCCAGAGGCAGGGACUCCGGGAAGCCUUGCUGACGCGCGGCAUGGCGGCCGGCUGCAGGCCGGAAGAAGACGAGUAUGAGGAGGACCCCUAUGGCCCGUAUGAAGCUUUCUCCACCUCGGCACCUGAGGCUUGGCCGGCCAUGGAGCUGCCUGAGCCCUGUGUCCCUGAACCAGGGCUGCCUCCUAUCUUUGCCAAUUUCACCCAACUGCUGACCGUCAGCCCCCUGGUGGUGGCCGAGGGUGGCACGGCCUGGCUCGAAUGGCGGCAUGUGCAGCCCACACUGGACCUGAGCGAGGCCGAGCUGCGCAAAUCUCAGGUGCUGUUCAGCGUGAGCCGCGGGGCACGCCACGGUGAGCUCGAGCUAGACAUCCCCGGCGCCCAGGCACGGAAAAUGUUCACCCUCCUGGACGUGGUGAACCGCAAGGCCCGCUUCAUCCACGAUGGCUCUGAGGACACCUCCGACCAGCUGAUGCUGGAGGUGUCUGUGACGGCCAGGGGGCCCGUGCCCUCCUGCCUUCGGAGGGGCCAAACUUACAUCCUGCCCAUCCAGAUAAACCCCGUCAAUGACCCACCCCGUAUCAUCUUCCCACACGGCAGCCUCAUGGUGAUCCUGGAGCACACACAGAAGCCACUGGGGCCCGACGUUUUUCAGGCUUACGACCCAGACUCCGCCUGCGAGGGCCUCACCUUCCAGCUCCUUGGCACCCCCUCCGGCCUCCCCGUGGAGCGCCGAGACCAGCCUGGGGAGCCAGCAACUGAGUUCUCCUGCCGGGAGCUAGAGGCGGGCAGCCUCAUCUAUGUCCACCGAAGUGGGCCCGCCCAGGACCUGACGUUCCGGGUCAGCGACGGGCUGCAGGCCAGCCCUCCCGCCACACUGAAGGUGGUGGCUGUCCGGCCCACCAUUCAGAUCCGCCACAACACAGGGCUGCGCCUGGCCCAGGGCUCUGCUGCCCCUGUCUUGCCCACCAACCUGUCGGUGGAGACCAACGCUGUGGGGCAGGAUGUGAGCGUGCUGUUCCGAGUCACGGAGGCCCUGCAGUUUGGGGAGCUGCAGAAGCAGGGGGCUGGUGGGGCCGAGGGUGCUGAGUGGCGGGCCACACAGGCAUUCCAACAGCGGGAUGUGGAGCAGGGCCGCGUGAGAUACCUGAGCACUGACCCACAGCAUCGCACCAAGGACACCAUGGAGAAGCUGGCCCUGGAGGUACAGGUGGGCCAGGAGAUUCUGAGCAAUCUGUCCUUCCCAGUGACAAUCCAGAGAGCCACGGUGUGGCUGCUGCGGCUGGAGCCACUGCACACUCAGAACACCCAUCAGGAGGCGCUCACCACAGCCCACCUGGAGGCCACCUUGGAGGAGGAGGCAGGCCCCAGCCCCACCACCUUCCACUAUGAGGUGGUCCAGGCCCCCAGGAAGGGCAAUCUUCGGCUACAGGGCACACGGCUCUCUGACGGGCAGGGCUUCACCCAGGAUGACCUGCAGGCCGGCUGGGUGACCUAUGGGGCCACGGCCCGCACCUCAGAGACAGUCGAGGACACCUUCCGCUUCCGUGUCACAGCCCCGCCGCACUUCUCCCCACUCUACACCUUCCCCAUCCACAUUGGUGGUGACCCGGACGCUCCCGUCCUCACCAACAUCCUCCUCUCAGUGCCGGAGGGUGGUGAGGGCACCCUCUCUGCUGACCACCUCUUCGUCAAGAGUCUCAACAGUGCCAACUACCUCUAUGAGGUCAUGGAGCGGCCCCGCCAUGGGAGGCUGGUUUGGAGGGGGGCGCAAGACAAGGCCACCGCGGUGACAUCCUUCACCAACGAGGACCUGCUGCGGGGCCGGCUGGUCUACCAGCAUGACAACUCCGAGACCACAGAAGACGAUAUCCCCUUUGUGGCGACCCGCCAGAGUGACGGCAGUGGUGGCACGGCGUGGGAGGAGGUGCGGGGCGUCUUCCGCGUGGCCAUCCAGCCCGUAAACGACCACGCUCCCGUGCAGACCAUCAGCCGCGUCUUCCACGUGGCCCGGGCUGGGCAGCGGCUGCUGACGACAGACGACGUGGCCUUCAGUGAUGCUGACUCCGGCUUUGCUGACGCUCAGCUGGUACUGACCCGCAAGGACCUCCUCUUCGGCAGCAUCGUGGCCGCGGAGGAGCCAACGCGGCCCAUCUACCGCUUCACCCAGGAGGACCUCAGGAAGAGGCGUGUCCUGUUUGUGCACUCGGGGGCCGACCGUGGCUGGAUCCAGCUGCAGGUGUCUGAUGGGCAGCACCAGGCCACCGCGCUGCUCGAGGUGCAGGCCUCAGAGCCCUACCUCCACGUGGCCAAUGGCUCCAGCCUCGUGGUCCCUCAAGGAGGCCAGGGCACCAUCGACACCGCUGUGCUCCACUUGGACACCAACCUCGACAUCCGCAGUGGGGAUGAGGUCCGCUACCAUGUCACAGCUGGUCCACACUGGGGGCAGCUGCUCCGGGCCGGCCAGCCAGCCACGGCCUUCUCCCAACAGGACCUGCUGGACGGGGCCAUUCUCUAUAGCCACGACGGCAGCCUCAGCCCUCGAGACACCCUGGUCUUCUCCGUGGAGGCAGGGCCUGUGCACACAGACGCCACCCUGCAAGUGACCAUUGCCCUAGAGGGGCCAAUGGCCCCACUGCGUCUGGUCCAGCAUAAGAAGAUCUACGUCUUCCAGGGGGAGGCGGCUGAGAUCAGAAAGGAUCAGCUGGAGGCAGCCCAGGAGGCAGUGGCACCCGCGGACAUUGUGUUUUCGGUGAAGACGCCCCCGCGGGCCGGCUACCUGGUGAUGCUGUCCCACGGCGCCUCGGCGGCAGGGCCACCCAGCUUGGACCCGGUGCAGAGCUUCUCUCAGGAGGCGGUGGAUGCCGGCAGGGUCCUGUACCUGCACUCCCACCCGGAGGCAUGGAGGGACGCCUUCUCCCUGGAUGUGGCCUCAGGCCUGGGUGCACCCCUGGAGGGUGUCCGCGUGGAGCUGGAGGUGCUGCCUGCUGCCAUCCCCCUGCAGACACAGAACUUCAGCGUCCCUGAGGGCGGGGCCCGCACGCUGGCCCCUCCACUGCUCCGCGUCACCGGGCCUUACUUCCCCGCGCUGCCAGGCCUGGAGCUGCAGGUGCAAGAGCCACCCCAGCACGGGGCCCUGCGGAGAGAGGACGGUCCCCGAGACGGGACCCUCAGCGCUUUCUCCUGGAAAGAGGUGGAACAGCAGCUGAUCCGCUAUGUGCACGAUGGGAGUGAGACGCUGACAGACAGCUUCAUCCUGGUGGCUAAUGCCUCAGAGAUGGACCGCCAGAGCCAACCUGUGGCCUUCACCGUCACCAUCCUGCCCGUCAAUGACCAACCCCCCAUCCUCACCACAAACACAGGUCUGAAGAUGUGGGAGGGGGCCAUGGUGCCCUUCCCUCCGGAGGCUCUUAGGGGCACAGACAGCGACUCAGGACCGGAGGACCUGGUCUACACCAUCGAGCAGCCCAGCAAUGGGCGGGUGGUGCUGCGGGCGGCGCCAGGCACCGAGGUCCACAGCUUCACCCAGGCCCAGCUAGACGGCGGGCUCGUGCUGUUCUCACACAGAGGCGCCCUGGACGGCGGCUUUCGCUUCAGCCUCUCCGAUGGGGAGCACACUUCCCCCGGACACUUCUUCCGCGUGACGGCCCAGAAGCAGCUGCUUCUCUCCCUGGAGGGCAGCCGGACGCUGACCGUAUGCCCAGGGUCAGUCCAGCCGCUCAGCAGCCAGAGCCUGAGAGCCAGCUCCAGCACAGGCACCGACCCCCGGCACCUGAUCUACCGUGUGCUGCAGGGCCCCCGGCUGGGCCGGCUGUUCCGUGCCCAGCAGGGCAGCACUGGGGAGGCCCUGGUGAGCUUCACUCAAGCCGAGGUGUAUGCUGGGAAUGUUCUAUAUGAGCACGCGAUGCCUCCUGAGCCCUUCUGGGAGGUCCACGAUGCCCUGCAGCUCCAGCUGUCGUCACCCCCUGCCCCCGAUGUGGCUACCACUCUUGUUGUGGCUGUGUCUUUCGAGGCUGCCUGUCCCCGGCGCCCCAGCCGCCUCUGGAGGAACCAAGGUCUCUGGGUCCCCGAAGGCCAGCGGGCCGAGAUCACCACGGCCUCCCUAGAUGCCUCCAACCUCCUGGCCAGCAUUCCGUCACCCCAGCGCCCAGAGCAUGACGUACUCUUCCAAAUCACACAGUUCCCCACCCGGGGCCAGCUGUUGGUGUCCGAGGAGCCCCUCCACGCCGGCCGGCCCCACUUCCUACAGUCCGAGCUGGCUGCAGGGCAGCUGGCCUAUGCCCACGGCGGCGGGGGCACUCAGCAGGAUGGCUUCCGAUUCCGUGCCCACCUCCAGGGGCCAGCGGGGGCCUCCGUGGCGGGACCCCAAACCUCAGAGGCCUUCGCCAUCACCGUGCGGGACGUGAAUGAGCGGCCACCUCGGCCACAGGCGUCCGUGCCACUCCGGCUCACCCGGGGCUCCCGCGCGCCUGUCUCGCGGGCCCAGCUCAGUGUGGUGGACCCAGACUCGGCGCCUGGGGAGAUCGAGUACGAGGUGCAGCGUGCCCCCCUCAACGGCUUCCUGAGCCUGGCAGGGGCCGGCCCAGGGCCCGUGACCCGCUUCACGCAGGCCGACGUGGACGCCGGGCGGCUGGCCUUCGUGGCCAACGGGAGUAGCGUGGCUGGUAUCUUGCAGCUGAGCGCAUCCGACGGGGCCAGCCCUCCCGUGCCCGUGUCCCUGGCCGUGGAUGUCUUGCCGUCGGCCAUCGAGGUGCAGCUGCGUGCGCCCCUAGAGGUGCCACAGGCCCUGGGGCGCUCCUCACUGAGCCGGCAGCAGCUGCGGGUGGUGUCAGACCGGGACGAGCCGGACGCUGCCUACCACCUCAUGGGGGGGCCCCGGUUCGGGCAGCUCCUAGUGGCCGGGCAGCCCGCCGCCACCUUCAGCCAGCUCCAGGUAGACCAGGGGGAGGUGGUCUUCACCUUCACCAACUUCUCCUCCUCUCGUGACCACUUCAGCAUCCUGGCACUGGCCCGAGGUGCCAACGCGUCAGCCACAGUGAACGUCACCGUCAGGGCUCUGCUGCGCGUGGGAGCGGGUGGGCCGUGGCCCCAGGGGGCCACCCUGCGCCUGGACUCCACUGUCCUAGAUGCCGGCGAGCUGGCCAACCGCACGGGUAGUGUGCCCCGUUUCCGGCUCCUGGCGGGACCCCGGCAUGGCCGCGUGGUCCGCGUGCCCCGGGCCAGGACGGAGCCCAGGGACAGCCAGCUUGUGGAGCAAUUCACCCAGCAGGACCUUGAGGAUGGAAGGCUGGGGCUGGAGGUAGGCAGUCCAGAGGGUCGGUCCCCCGGCCCCACGGGCGACAGUCUCACUCUGGAGCUCUGGGCACAGGGUGUCCCCCCUGCCGUGGCCUCGCUGGACUUUGACACUGAGCCUUAUGAUGAGGCCCGACCCUACAGCGUGGCCCUGCUCAGUCUCCCCGAGCCUGCUCAGACAGAAGCAAGGAAACCAGAGAGCAGCACCCCCACGGGGGAGCCAGGCCCAUUCACCUCCAGCCCCGUGCCCACCGUGGCCAGUGGGGGCUUCCUGGGCUUCCUGGAGGCCAACAUGUUCAGUGUCAUCAUUCCCGUGUGCCUGGUCCUCCUGCUCCUGGCACUCAUUCUGCCCCUGCUCUUCUACCUCCGCAAACGCAACAAGACAGGCAAGCACGAUGUCCAGGUCCUGACUGCCAAGCCCCGCAAUGGCCUAGCUGGCGACACCGAGACCUUCCGCAAGGUAGAGCCGGGCCAAGCCAUCCCGCUUACAGCGGUGCCCAGCCAGGGACCCCCACCGGGGGGCCAGCCUAACCCAGAGCUGCUGCAGUUCUGCCGGACACCCAACCCUGCUCUCAAGAACGGCCAGUACUGGGUGUGAGGCCUGGCCUGGGCCCAGAUGCUGAUCAGGCCAGGGACAGGCUUGCUCAGGCCCCGGCCCCAUUGCUCCCAUGCCCUGGCGCUGUCUGAGUAUCCCCAGAGCCAGAGAUACCUGGGAACAUCUACGGUGGAGGGUGCUGGGAGGAAGUCCCAGGGGUCCGGGACCAAAUAGAGUCAAGAGCUGGAAUCUCCCCAGCUUUCUCCAUGCCUGGAGAACUGCAAGGGGGCGGGCCAAGGUCAGAGGCAGGCUUGGAGUCGGUCCCCCUGCCCUGGAGCUAGUUUGGGCUGUCAAAACCAGAACGACCUCCUAGAUACGUCAGGAUUCUGUAUCCUGGGUGAGUCACAGCUGACCCAGGCUGCUAAGAGGACAAGGAGAGGGGAGGGUCGGGGGGAUAGACGGGGAUUCCUGGCUUUUCCACUCCAAGCCAGGCCUCCCUUUGUCUCUGCCCCAGAGUUGAUGGGAAAACUUUUUCCCCUGGUUUUUUAGGGAGAUGGUAUUCCCUGGAGUAGAGGGCAGGAGGAGGGAGCCCCUCCACUCUCUAGGAGACAUAAGCCAGUAGAAUAAUAUAUUCAGGGUGCGAGAUGGGGUGGGUUGCUCUGGGGAUGGGUUUAUUUAAGGGGGAUUGCAAGGAAGCUAUUUAACACAGUGUCGAGCUAGCCCAGGCUGAUGGAGCCCCUGAGAGUGUGGGAUGGAGGAAGGUCUGAGGCCAGUUCAUACCCAGAGCCCCACCUUGACAGGCUGAGGUUAUGUAGGCAGUAUGGGUCUGUGGCCCCGGACCAGGCCUAAUAUCCACCUGCGGAGUGGGCAGGGUCUCAGGCCGGGGGCCGCUGCAAUGUCUGUGCUCGCCCAAGGACUGGGGGGUGAGCAGCUGGGGCACUCAACUCCAUGGGGCCUGGAUAAAUGGUGCUGUGGAGGUUCUGGACAGCUGUGUGUUAUUUGUCUGACCAUGCACUGGGCCCUUGUCCACACCGGGCUGCACUU